AUGGCCAAGAAGAAAACCACAUCUCCAACCAACAAUAAGAAAAUGAAGACCAAAAUGAUAAUUCACAUGCCAAAACAUUCUCAACAGCCGAGAAGUUCACCUCCCAAACGUCGCACUGAUUUCUCUGUGUUCACUCGCACUCCCUCCUCCUUCUCUAACCCUGCAUCUGCAAGACAAGCAAUUGGUGAUGAAGUUGUUAAAUCCCUUCCUCUUGCGUUGGUCGGAAGCAGUUCGAUGUGCUGUUUAUUAUGUCACUCAUGCGUAGAUGAUGAUGUUCUUUUAAAGAAUUGUCGGGAUGUCAUGAGUAUUUGUGAUGGAGGAAAAAUGCAGAAUAUGCUUGGAGGUUGCUCACCAAAUUCCUCUUCUGGUGAAGUGAGGUUGUCCAAUGUCUCUGCAAGAAGAUUGCAGGGGAGGGGAAUGACAAUGAAACAAUUUUCUGAAGAUACCCUGGUUAGAUGCAGCACUUACGAAGAGGGUAGACCAGUAUGUUCAUCUGAGUUUUCUGACGCUCCAGUCGUGGAAGUUGAUUCAGCUGUCCCAGAUGAAAGUCUUGAUCAUGGUGGCAAUAGGGAUGCUUCCAAUGAAAAAAAUGACAUUUCCAAGAUGUCAGAAUCUACAGCUCUUGAAUCAUCUGUCAGUGACAGCAGUUCUCUUGCGGCAACUCCUGGAAGUGUUGUAUGGGCGAGGACAGAUUGUCAAUUGUGGUGGCCUGCUGAGAUCGUGGAAGAAACAUCUGCGGUAUCCAACCCUGGUAGUGAUGGACAAGUUUUAGUGCAUUUUUAUGGAAAUCUUCCCAGUGCCUGGAUUGAUCCAAUGACAGAUAUUUCAAAUUUCGAGGAAUCGUUUGAAGCAAGGAGCAAUAACCCUUCAGAAGAUUUUCAGCAGGCUUUAAAGCAAGCAUUACAGAAGAAGGCACAACUUAGUUCUUGCCAAUUGUUGACUGCUGAUAGAUCUCCUCAAUCUGAUACGCAAGAACGUACAUCUGCUUCUAGUGAAGUGUGGAAGGAGCAAGCUUUGAACAAUGGAUCCAAGGUCUCCCAUAAAAGCAUCUGUAAAAACACCACAUCCUAUGAUGUUUGCCCUUUGCUCAUCAAGAGUUUAGAUUCGACCACUUUGAGUCACCACAAUCGCAAUGAUAUUUGUAGCAGCACAAUCCUCCUAGAGGUUACACAUCCAGUGAAAUCAGAAAAAAAGCUUCGUAGGUUAAAGAUAAUGCGGUACCUUGGCCUUGCAGCUCCAAUUGGUUCUCCCUUCUGA